AUGAGCACACAUCAGCAUUCAAUACCUGAAAAUGGUUUAACUACUACAAACACGUCUCAUUCAAAGAUUACAAUAAAACCUCUUCCUACAAUUUCAAGAUUAUCAACAAAUUCAGCAGAAACACUUGAAAACAUUUCUAUAGAAGGAGAUGAAACUGACCAGACAACAUUAAUAAAGGAAAAGAAUGGAUUACCGAUACAAGCAGCUAAAGACCAAGAAGAGUCAUGUGAUCGUAAAAAUUCCAAGUCGUUGUUAGGAAGGCCACUUUCAUUUCUAAAUCGUAAAGAAGAAAGACAGUCACAAUUAGUAAAAAUACAUAAAUAUACAAUUUAUGAUAAUGAAAAAGAAGAAUUUAUUGAAAUUGUAGAAGAAGAAUGGGAAGGUGAUGGACCACCACCACGACAAUCUGUAGCAUCACAACAUAAAAGUAUUGUUUUUGUUGAUAAAGAUUUACCAAGUUUACCCGAACCAAUUCCCAAGAAUGAAGAAAAUAAAUUUAUAGAAUUUUAUAAAUGGGCAGAAAAUAAAUGGCUUCAAAACAAAAAAAGAAAUAUAAUUAUUUUAGGAGUUAUUUUAUUUUUAUUUUUUCUUCUUAUCAUCCUUGCUGCAGCAGGAGUUUUUUCGAAUAAUACAAAAAAUAAUAAUAACCAAGGAAAUGUUCAGGAUCAUAACAUCAAAUCUACAACUUCUUUUAAUUCUUUCAAACCUACACCUUCUUCUAAUCAUGGCUCUUAA